GUCGCUGAUGGCGGUGGGUGAACAGCUGUAGGAGGGGCUUUGUCAGAUAAGGACGGCAUUAGGUUGGAAGAUGGCUCUCAACGCGCAGCGUUUCCUGCUGGCCCUGCUUCUCCUGGGAGCGAACGUGGUUGUCAGCAUUCAUGCUCAAGAGGCUGGGGUGUCCGAGGCGUGGACCAGCAGGUCUUGCAAAUGUGACUGUGACGGAGGAGAAUCCCCGACUGAGUUUUCCUCCAUCGGGACCGGCUCUUCCAUGGUGCGAGGAGUGGACUGCAUGCCAGAGUGUCCGUACCACAAGCCUUUGGGCUUCGAGGCCGGAUCAGUGAGUGCAGACCAGAUCACCUGCUCCAACCUGGACCAGUACACCGGCUGGUUCUCCUCAUGGCUCCCGAGCAAGGCCCGGCUAAACAGUCAGGGCUUUGGGUGUGCCUGGCUGUCUAAGUUCCAGGACAACUCUCAGUGGCUGCAGAUUGACCUGAGGGAGGUGCAGGUGGUGUCAGGGAUCCUCACGCAAGGCCGCUGUGACGCUGAUGAGUGGGUCACCAAGUACAGCGUCCAGUACCGCACGGACGACAAGCUCAACUGGAUCUAUUACAAAGACCAGACUGGAAACAACAGGGUGUUUUACGGAAACUCUGACCGCUCCUCUUCCGUGCAGAACCUCCUGCGGCCACCCAUCGUGGCGCGCUACAUCCGCAUCAUCCCCCUCGGAUGGCACACGCGCAUCGCCCUGCGCAUGGAGCUGCUGCUCUGCAUGAACAAAUGCAUCUGAACCUCUCCUCCCGCCGUCCCCGAAGCCUCGUCCCAAAAACAUCUCCACCUAAAGCCCCGCCGUUAGAGCGCGUGGUCCGUUAUUAAAUCCACAGCUUUGGCCCCCUGCAGCUACAUGUAUAAAACCACAAGCUGAGACGAGAUAUCCUGUUUACGGCCUUUUCCUAAACACAAACAAGCAAACAGUUUGACUUAUGCGAUGUCAUUAAAACAUUUGUUUGAUAUGCUCAAUGAGCUUUCAUUCUCUCCACUCUCCAUUGUCUGUGUUAAAGCAGUCUCACACUGGGGGCUUUAAUUUGGUGAAUUCUCAAUAGAUUGUUCCAUUUGCAAUGAAAUGGCAUAAAUUCAAAGCAAUAAUUAGGCAUCAAGAGCGAGAGGCAGCGUUGCUAUGGAGGUUGUAUCCACCAUCAGCCCUCUGCAACAGGUCUAUGAAAUGACGUCUUCUUCUCCUGAUAUUUAAUGGCAAACAGGGCAUUUACAGUUCUGCACCUCUCAGUCAGUAUCUCCUUAUCUUCCUUAAAGGCUGGUGAAAUUUCACAUUUUAUAUCCUUCUGUCAACAAAUCCCAUGAAAAGACCGAAAACCAACAAAGAAUCGAUCCUACCAACAAGCAUUGUUUGAGUGGCCAAAGCCUGAUAGAUCUUAUUCUUAACAAAAGCUAUUAAAAGAGAUUUUAUUAAAAGAGCCACACUAGUGACAUGCUCCUUUAGUAUCACAAACAUGUGCACUGUGGUUUAAUUUGACAGAUAUACACCCUCCUGCUGCUCUAAAUACUCAAACCUGAUCGAAUGUGUAUUAAUCCGCAGCCAAAAAUAGUCCCAAACAAAUGCAUUAUUUACUCCUGUUUGAGUAAUGGUUGCUAAAUGAGACAGUGCCCCAGCUUUUUCAAAAUAUAAAAGUAUUUCAUUCUGGCCCUGUUUUAAAAAGAUUUUAAUCUUCUUUGUGAAAAAAUGAUUUUAAGGCAGGCAGGACAAAGAAGCCAGGAAAUAUUGAAAAAAGAGCUGACAUCUUCACCUUUUCAUGAGAUUUGCUGAUAAUAAGAAAAAUGUGGAAUAAUUUCACUUUUCUUUAAAUAUGUGUGCGAUUUCACUUCCUGCUCUCUUUUUUUGUUUGUAAACAAUUUUAUCUCAGGCACUUUUUAAGAAAAUAUCACUCUUCAAUGCUAUAUAUAGAUUAGCGGAUGAAAAAAUUCACUAAUAUUCAGAUGUGGUUUUGUAUUGUGGUUAACUCCUGAUUUUAUUUAUUUUUUUCUGUAACAUUUCAAUUAAAUUUCCCAUGGUGCUUUGGGAACGCAUUGCAGGGUUUUUAUUACUCUGACUG